GUGACCAUUGGCAACUCGUGUACCAACUAUAGCUAUUGACGGAAUAUCUAUUUUCUUUCUUAUAGUGCAGUAUGAGGAAGGGAAUGCGUGUGAAUUUGAGUAAUACUGUGUGUUAUAUGCGAGUUACACAUUGAACGAAUUUGCAGGAAAGAGUCUGAGGUAUUACACUUUUACAGUAGAAUAUAAACAGUUGAUGCACUGUUGUCAUUUGUGUUUUCAAGACGUAUGAAGUGGAAUUAGGUGAGUGACUGACAGCGGAAUUGGUGUGAUUGAUAAAUUUCGUGUGAUUGGUCCUAUUUCAUUGUUCUUGGACCUUCGGAUUUUUUAUUAUAUUUGGGACAGUUUUCGCAAGAUAAUGGGGGAGGAAAGGAGCACUCUUCACGACCGAUUUGACACAGGAGUUAACCAAGAUGAACUCAUCUUACAACAACAGAGGCAAAUAGAAAAAGAGAUUUCAGAGAAAACCCCAUUGGUUGGGGAUAUGGAAAAUUUUUCAUCGCUGGAAAAAGAAUAUGCAGGCGAUGCAGUGUAUUGUCAAAAAGUACAAGAUCUUUCUGCAAAAUACAAAAGCAUGCGUCGAACACGACCUGAUGGGAACUGCUUCUUUCGUGCUUUUAGUUACGCAUAUUUGGAGCAACUUCUAAAUAACCCAGAAGAAUACGAGAGAUUUUAUUCUCUAGCAUCGAAAAGUAAAGACAAUCUAGUAGCUCUGGGUUUUCCUCAGUUUACCGUUGAAGAUUUCCAUGAUACUUUUAUGGAGGUUGUUAGUCGAGUGGGCAAGGGUGGAGGCACUUUCACACAGACUGAUUUGCACAAAUUAUUUAAUGAACAAGGUUAUUCUGAUUAUAUAGUUGUAUAUUUGCGACUCAUUACUUCUGGCCGGCUUCAACAAGAAGCAGAAUUUUACCAGCAUUUUAUUGAAGGCAAUCGUUCAGUAACGGAUUUUUGUCAUCAGGAAGUAGAACCUAUGUAUAAAGAAAGUGACCACAUCCACAUAAUAGCAUUGAGUACUGCCUUAAAUGUUGGGGUGCGAGUGCGCUACAUGGACAGAGGGGAAUCUUCUGAAGUUAUUGCUCAUGACUUCCCAGAAGGCACUCGCCCAUCUGUUCAUCUUCUCUACAGACCUGGGCACUAUGAUAUCCUCUAUCCAUGAUGAAUAAUAUGUACUCAAAGAAUUCCACAAUACUUCUUGUACCGAAAUAUUUCAUUUACAGAACUGAGUAUUUUAUUUUCUUCUGUCAGAUAGUAGUUGUGCAUUUGUAGUUCUUGAUGAUCUCAACGUGAAUUCUAAUAUACUUAAAAUUUGAUGGAGUAUUUGCAAUUAUCACAUAACAUUGUUUUAGAUGAAUUAAGUGGAGUGUCUCCAAUAUAUUAUUCAGAUUUUGUUAGGAAUACGUACAAGAGAGUGAGAGAAGGUGAGAAAAGUUGUACGACCUUUGUUUUGUGCAGUUGCUUGUGUGGAGGGAAAGCUUUGCUUUGUCUCAUUGUAUCUUCAAAAAGUCUUCAUGUGAUCACAAGUGUAACAUAUCUGCAUUAGGAAAUUUGAAAAUCUGUUGGUAUGUCUCAUCAGUUAGAGCAUUUGAUGGCAAAAUUGAAAAAUGUCAAAUUUUCUGUCAUUGAAAGAAUGUCUUGUUCAAACUUUGUAUGACAAACCCUGGUCAAAAAAUGUUUAACCUUCUUGUCUUGCCAAAAUGUUAUAGAUGGUUAAACUUUUGAUGACCUUAAACCUUGUACAGUGAUGAAAUUUCACUUCUUGUGUAGCAGAUAAUCAAAAUAUAGGCAAAUUCACAAUAACAAAAUAAGGCAAAUUCAAUUCAAUUCAAUAUAAAUGUGCAUUCAGAUCUGAUUUGCUGAAGAUUGUUUUAAUUAGCUAAAUCUGACAUGGAUGACUAUUGUGAUGAUCAUAGUGAGAAAAUUAAUUAGAAAUCUUAAACACUUUCUCAUCACUCUCUACAUCACAUUGUUAAUUUCUGAACAUUAUAUUGGGGACACCUUUCAAAAACAUUUUGAAAUCUUCAGGUUAUUGUAACGUGAUUUCUAAUUUUAUACUGUUAGUGGUGAGAACUGUUUUUGAUGACUUCAUUGGUAUGGUACAAAAUUUAGCUGAGCAAUUUUACAAUUGAGAUUUGUAGUGAUUUGCGGAGUAUCUGGAGCACUUCCUGAUGCACAGGUAUCACACAUUUGACAGGCAACUUUUGUUUUAUUUCCCAAAUUUUUUCAGAGUUAAUUUAUUAGGAUUAACGUUUAUACAUGCUACUGAUCUCUUUUUCAUUUGUGCCCUUAGUGCUGUGAAAUUGAUACACUUUUGCCUGAUUGUAUCACAGUUGAUAUUCCAUUGGGCAUGAUUAAUAAAUUUGAAUAUGUAAAUUUAUGAGAUGAAAUUGUGUGUUUUUGUUUGUAGAGGAAAUAGUUUGUUAAUUUUCUUCCAAAAUGAUACUUUUCUCUUUAAAUUCUCUUGGUUUUAUGUGUAUAUGCCUGUUCUUAUCUAUUGUAUUCACAUCAUUUAUGAAGAAUGUAUAAGAUUGAUAAUGCUGUAUACUAAUAGCAAUCUUGUUUAAUGACUGUAAUGUUUAGUUUACAUUAAUUUUUUAGAUCAUAAAAAGCUUUGGGAAUGUAAAGGAACUUGUUGCUAUCGUCAGUCAUUCAGAAAGUCAACCAGUGUGCCUUCUAGUUUGUACAGAGGCACUCACAGGAUCUUGCUCAAUUUUUUUGAUGAAAUAGGUUAUGUGGAUAUUUCUUGAAAAUUAUUUUGGACAAUGUAGAAUUAAGUAAGGAUCAACUCUAAGAGAUUGAGUUUCAUGUACUAUCAGUACAUUCUUGAGACUGCAAGAACUGUGAUGGUCCUGUCAGACUUUUGUAUUAUAGUCAUACAUGAUUGACAUGUUACUUCCUCUGGUAAGAGUGGUUCUGUUUUUUUAUUCAGACAGUAUGCAACUCUCAGGAUGUUUCAAACCCUGCACAUAUUCUUUCCAGAAUAUAUGAAUUUCUUUGGUCAUUUUUUCAGGUCCUUGACCUUAUGGAUUUUGUUUUGCAAGUGUUUCUUAUGUAAACAUAGUUCUCUCAUACUUUGUUUUUGUUCUUUUAAUUUUGUGUUAUGAAUACUAAUUUCUCAUUUAUUGUAUUAUAUACAGGGUAUGAUUGUGUUGUUACUUGGGACUUCAGAUCUGAACAGUCAAAUUGUUUUAGCUAUCCUUUUGUCACCAUUUGUUAUAUCAAGUAGUGAUAAAUAUGAUAAUUCAAUGUAAUUUCCAUCAUUCUGCUUUGAUGAAAAAACAAUGUUUAUUUUGCCCAUAGGUAUCACUAAUUACUAAUGGGUAACAUAUAUUUCAUUUCUGAAAUGCUUGUUGAAAUGAUUUAUUAGAAUUAACAUUUAACUAUUUUAGUGAAGAAGGUUUAUAAAGUAAUUGAAAUCUUGUCCACAGGACAUAAGGGUACCAAAAUUGUCAAACAUCAAACUAUUCCAAAAUGACUUAAGCUUUAUCACUCUAUAAAAACAGUGUGGUGCUUUCAAGUGCAUCUACUUCAUGACUUCAUCUGCUAUGACACUUGUGAAUGGAGUGUGUUGUAUUAUCUCUACAUAUUGAAUGUAAAACAAAGCCAAUUGCAGACAUAGUGAUUGUAAGAUUUGAAUGGAUGAGCUUAUGAAACAGUGACUGGUGAAGCAUUAAGUAUUUCCUACACUUAAUGAGUUUUGAGAUAUAAAAGGGAACUUUUUCUAUGUUGACUCCACUAUUAUCUUCCUGGAUAUUCAACAGAAGUUAGGAUCUGCAUGUUGAAACUGUGAAAGCCGAAUCAAUGAAGUAAUAUUGUGCAGACCUCGUGCUCCAAAUAUGGAGGAAACUGUGAAAGUUGUCCCGUGUGAUAUACUAGUCUGUACCGUGACAGGAUGCAAGAAAAAGUAGCAGAUUCGGUGCUGUUUGUGUUCAUGGUUUCUUUUGUGAUUGUAAUAGAUAGUGUGAAAUAAAAAAUGCAGUUAGCAUCACUACUGAUUAAUACAGUCUUAUCUGCAUUAAUUUAGUUAUCUAGAGAUGAUUAAAAACAUUUUUUAAUAUUUUUAGCAGCUGUAAAUUAUGAAGCCGUAAAGGGUUCAUUCCUUAAUUAGUAAUUAAUUGUUAAAUAAGUCAGAUCCUCCUAGUUCCUACAGAAUCACAACUGUGUAAAUAAAGGAUGACAAAAUUACUAUUCUUAAUUGCUUUCUUUACCUAUGGUGACAUUCAUUCUACAAUAUUACUAAACAAAAAUAUUCAAUUUGUGAUUGUAAAUAGUUUGUGAUUGAACUUCUAUUGUGUGUGUUGUUCAUAUCAGAGUUGCAAUUAAAUAUCUGAUAUUAACAAAGUGCCUGUCUUGGUUUAUAAUUGGUCGCUAAAUUUUGGAAUUGUUAUCAGUUUUACUAUGCAUCUACAUCUUUUUGUUUAUUUAUUUUUGUUUUAAAUAAAAUUGCAGAAAUUUUCUGGAAAAACUAUGUGCCUAAUUUGAGACAUCUUAAAUACAUAACAUAAAUAAGCAAAGGUCUCAAGUAGAGAAUUCUGAUAUGGAUGUGAAUGAAAUGCAAUACUUUUUAUUCCUUGGUUGAAUGAAUCUCUGUCAGCUUUAGAAAUCUCAGUCGUGAUACUUGUUAGCGUUAAGUGAUAUUACUCAUGCUUCUUUUCUUGAAUGAUGGAUUGAAGAAAUGCGAGUAGAGUGGGGGUAUUAAUUACGUAAUCAGCAACUUGAUUUUAUGAAGCAAUGCCAAUCUCUAGAGAAUCAGCCAUGCCUUCGCAACUUUCUCAAUAUUUUGCAUUCUAACUUUCUCAGGAGUUUGAGGUAUCUCCUGUGAUGGAUCUUCAUCUGUUUUGGUCAUUUCUUUAAGAAUUUUUUGGUGAAAAUCACGGACAGAAGUUCUUGUCUUCAGCAGAAAAUAGUUUCUAUUUCACGCCAGUGAAGAUGUGUUUGGAAUAUUAUCAUCAGUGCUCGCUGAGAGCUUUCGCCUUCAACUGUUUGUUGUGCCAGAGGGAGGAAAGCAAGGUCAUUGUUCAAGAAAAGUUGUGCUAGUAAUAACUGAUUUAUGUACACAUACAAAAUAAUUCAAAAUUCCCCUGUAACUUGUUAAAAGCCUGGACAAGAGACAAGUGCUUCAGUUUUUGUUCUUGUAUUUAAAGGAAGAGAAUAACAUUUAUUUUACUGUCAAGGUUGAUUGGAUUACAUGAAUUAUCCUUAACGAAAAGAUGCUUAUUGAAGAGUGGCCAACAAACUGUUUUAUUUAAAUUUUUAAAUUUUGAAUAUCAUGAAAUGGUAAGGAAAGAUAAAAUUUUACAAUUUUUAGGCCUCUCAGCAACUUGCUUUUUUCACUUUAUUGGACUAUUUAUGUACUGCCUUUACUUUUCUCACUUUUUUCUGAAUACUCACUAUUUUCACAUUUUUACAUAAUUGAAUUUUUAAUUUAAUUUGUAUAUGUAAUCUUGUAAGCAUAGCAAGCAUUCUUUGAAGACUAAGAUAGAAACAUUGAGAAAAAAGUCAACCCAGUGGAAUACUUACAUUGAAACUAUAACAUUCAGAAUGACUGGUCAAACGAAUAGGCUUGUGAGCUCUGAGAUGGAGAAAGGGAGUAAAGACGGGCGUGGGCGGGACCUUCGCUAGAAGAAGCGUGCACACACUGACGGGGGAAGUUUUAGAAGGAGUAUUAUGCACCACCUGAACUUGUAAUGCUGCAUUAUUAUUGUCACAGUAAAAGAUGUCAUCAGCUCAAAGUUAGUCAUUGAGCUCAACAGUUUAUUUUUAGAUUCAAUGAUUAUUUAGAUAAAUACAUUCACAGUUCCUUUUACAAUUAUUCAGUGAGGCAUGUUAGGAUAACAUAAUUGGCAUUUGAAAUUUGAAGAUUGCUGAGUUGAAUGUUAGAUGAGUUUUGGGUUUAAUCUACCCAGGUAUGAAGUUCCUUGACUUCGAUGAUGCAAAAAGUAAACAUUUUGUGUUUUCUACGAGAUGACUGUUUGUCCCUAUUUUAUUAAUUUGGAAUACUACUCUUAAUUUCAGAAAUUAAGUGAAAUUAACAAUGUUUUAAUUGAUAAAUCACUAUGAUGUCUUUGUAUUUGUCAAGUACCUUGCGUUACCCUGAUAUUUAUUUAUAACAAUUGACUAUUAGACAAGAAAAGGAAUGAAUUCUCUCUUUAGUGUAUCUUCGCCCUGGCCUUGCUUACGCCAUAUUGACAAUAUCCACCCAUCGAGUCCCACCUCCUUCUCUCGCCAAACUUGAUCAUGGCCUUGAUAUAUCAAUUUUUAUUAAUAACUACUGGACCCAGCAAUGCUUUGCUAUUGCAGUGUAUUACGUAUUUCAUUACCAGUCACGUGAUAGGUUAUCACAUUUUAUGCUACGCAGUACAAAAAUUCGAAAACCUGAAAGAGCAAGUAUGAGUUUGGACAUUGUUGUCAGGUCUCUUAUUAUUCAAACGUUCUCCCUCAAACUUGGGCAUGUAUUCGCUAUGACACUACUUUGGAGAAAUUUGAUUUACUUGUCUGUGAUUCGAGUAAUAAUUCUGGCUGAUAUUUCACAAUUGCACGGGCAGAAUACUUGUAUGCACUGAAAAUGUGCUUGAUCCUUGACAGUGUGGCGAGCUGUGUAGAGUUCAGAGGCGCCUGAAUCAGCAUAAAUGAAUAAAUAAUAAACACUGCCACUACUUAUCCGAUUUAAUUCAAACCAAUCUUUAAACACUCCCCCUACUAAUAGGAACAAAGUUUGAAAAUUUCAGUGAAAUCAGUUGAGUAGUUUUUGCGUUUGUGUCGCACAUAGACACACGUUUCCUUUUAUUUUGUAUGUAGAUAAAUAAAAUACUUUUUGUAAAGUUUGAAGUAACCUGGGGUAUCGUGGGUAGGUUUCAAUGCCUAACUUGACCUAGUGCAAAUAAUUAAAUUUCAGAAAGCAAACGGAGAUACAUGGAUUUGAAAUUGGCCCCCUAUAUGGAAAUUUAAUAUUCUUAUGUUUUUUAAUAAAACUUUAUAAUUUUGAUUCACUUAUCUUUUGGGAUGGAUGUUAACAAAAUGCUAAAAACCAUUGUUACAGAAGCUUUAUGUUCUUCGGUAAUUAGAAGAGCUACGAUUUGUAUGUAUUCAACUUUUGUCAUUUAUUUACUAAUUAAGCUUUUUGAAAAUAAUUGUAACCUAUUUGAUUAUCUGUAUUUUCUGUUGUACAUAGUUUCACAUAAGGAAAACUCUCUUUGAAUAUUUCAAUAUUUUAAUUGCAGUGUGUUCCAUAUUAUAGUCUUCGAACACUUUUACUUUUAGUGCAAUUCAUUGUGAUGAAUCUGGUUUAGUAAAUUUGUAUUUAACUCCAUAAUGUAUUGCAAGGAUCAAGGGAGUGUCUGUUAAUACUUCUGAUGUUGAUCAGUUAUAUUCAAGCAAUAUUAAGAGAUAAAAAGAAAAGUUUCACAUUUGAACAUUUAAAACUGGGCUUUGUCUCCUAGAGCUUUCGAAAUGGUACUAAUUAGUAAGUGGUAAACAUCAUUAUAUGAUUAAGAAAUAUACUUUCAGUACCACAAUAAUGUUCUGUCCAUUUUAAUACGCUCUUAAAUCUACCAUUAGUACUAAAUCUUGAGUUGUGUGAUCAUUCUAUUUAUGUAACUUAAACAUUUGAUUAAUAUAUUAUUUUUUAUUUUAAUAUUUUUACUCAAUUUUCAGUCUAUGUGUAUGUACAUAUUUAGGCAUACAAGAUUCCGUAUCAAUCCCAACCCUUGUACUAAGUUCUACUACUUCAAAAAUACAUACAUUUUCCCUUACUAUCUGUGGACCAAAAAUUUCACUAUUUGACUAAUCUUAGCUUCAGCUAAAGCUGAGAGACCUGAAUUUUGGGUAAACAUUUUAUAAUGAUAUUGUUAUUUGACAGCUUUGAACUCGUUUGUAAAAGUGACAUACAAAGAAAUGAAAAAUACCAACUUUUUGUAACAGCGAGUACAUUGGCUAAAUAGUACAAAAAAAUCAAAUUAAGUGAAUUUGUUUUAAACUAAGUAGGAAGAUUGUUAGGAAUAGUUUUGCAAACAGUUGAAAUUUUGACAGGUCAUAGGAGACAGGGAUUUUCAGUCUGUGACAUCGAUGAGAAUACAAUGGAAUUUCAGUCAUAAUUUCGUGUUCUUAGCACUUGAUAAGACAGCCAAGAUUUUCCAUCAUAAGUAUACUGUGUGAAGAGAAUCGGUUCGGUUUUUGAUUAAGUCCUAGCAUAUACACCCAUAGGUAUGUAUUUUUCCCAUUUUAGAAGUUCUUAACAUCAUUAAUUAUUGAAUGAUAUAAGAAUGAUUUAUCCUUGUAUGGUAGACUACUUAUACAUUUUCCCUCAAUGUUUUCACUCUUUAAUGAAAAAGUUGUGGGGAAACUCUUGCCUAUGAAUUUUGGGUGAAUUUCUCACACUCUUGAGUAAAUGAUUCCCUGAUCCAUGUACUGCACUCUGACAGUUGAGAAUCACUGAAGUAGAUAUAAAGAGACAUUUUUAGAAGAUUAGAUAAAAUUGUCGGUAGUGUUUAGGAGUAUGGUUUUCAGGAGGGAAACACUACUAUUUUGUUCAUAUUUUAAUGUUCUUUGUUUAAUUUAAGAAUUUUAUUACAUAUUUGAUGAACUUUGCUAAAAAUUGUGGAAAUGCAUAUGGGAAUUAUUUAUUAUAAUAUAACUUUUGGAAUAUACUAUAUCAUUGCAAAUGGCAGGAUAGAUUUGUGUACUAAACACAGAAAGAGAGCUGAUGGUUGUUUUGUAGUGUAUACAAGCCUGGAUACCCCCUUGUAAGUGUGAUAUGGAGGGAAAUUAAACUAGGGAAUUAUUGUUUAUUUAUUGAAUCAUUAUGUCAAUCUGUGAAUUGAAGUUCAUAGCAACUAACACUAUUAAUGAAGAAGGAACACUACAGGAUUUAUGACUUUGCAUUUCAAAUUAUAAUGUGAUCUCAAAAUAUGAUUUUUUGGUAUGAAAUGAGUCGAAAUUCUUGAUAAAUAUAAUAAGAAAUUUUCCUGAAGUAAAUUUGUAUUCAGAAUGUAUCUCUGAAGUUACUAGGGAAUUUUGAAAUUUUUUUUUUCUUAAUCUACUGAGAAAGAAGUUAUUGUUGGAGAACAUCAACUGAUGAAUGUACGGAAUGAAUUUUUUGCAUAUCAAAAAGAAAUUAUAUCCAAGGGGAAAGUAAACUAUAUUGUUGCAAUUGUAUUGCCAAACAUAAAAGGAAAAAUGAUCUGACAAUCAUAAAUAAAAUGCUGUAUCCCGGUUGAAGAUUGAACUCUUAACACAGAAAAAUCACACUCCCAAGUUGAAUCUUGAGGGUAAAAAAAUUAUAAAAUUUUUUAAAAAAAUACAAAAGCUUGGAUGAUUCCUAUCACCCAUUUUUGUGUGCUGUAUAUUACAUUUCCUCAUUGCAUCAUUUGAUGUUCUUACUUCUUUAUGAUACUAAUAGUAACCAGGUUGUAGAGCAGCUUUUAUAAGUUGUACUG